AUGCCCGCCGACCUCAGCGGCACCUGGAACCUGCUCAGCAGCGACAGCCUCGAGGGCUACAUGCUGGCCCUAGGCAUUGACUUUGCCACCCGCAAGAUAGCCAAGUUGCUGAAGCCACAGAAAGUGAUUGAGCAAAAUGGGGAUUCUUUUACCAUCCACAGGUACAGCAGCUUAAGGAAUUACCUUGUUCAAUUUAAAGUUGGAGAAGAAUUUGAUGAAGACAACAAAGGCCUGGAUAACAGAAAAUGCAAGGAAAAAACACAAGCUCUUCACUUUGCAAGCUUGGUUACCUGGGACAAGGGCAGACUCACCUGUGUCCAGAAGGGGGAAAAGAAGAACAGAGGCUGGACCCAUUGGAUUGAAGGGGACAAACUCCACCUGGAAAUGUUCUGUGAAGGACAAGUGUGCAAACAGACAUUCCAGAGAGCCUGAUCUCUAUCUAACAACAGAGCCCACAUGUGGCUGCAGCUUAAUGCCAAAUUAUAUUCCAGAAUGAAGAGAUGUUAAACUGUCCUGGUUUGGCGAUGGGGCCUUGCGGUCAGAGAGAUGUCACAUAGCCUGUACCAGAAGCUGUCUGGAUUGUGGAAAAACUGCUCAGCUUCAAUAAACCUGUCCAGGGCCGGCCCCGUGG